AUGUUGAGGUUGAAGGUCAGUCCUAUGAUCCUCUGGGUGGCCACUCACUCUGGCAGGUCAUUCUCAUCGUUGUCUUUACAGGACUGCUGUCCCUUAUUACUAUUAUCGGCAACAUCUUGGUCAUGGUGUCGUUUAAGGUCAACCGGCAGCUUAAAACGGUUAACAACUACUUCCUACUGAGUUUAGCCGUGGCAGAUCUCAUCAUUGGGGUCAUCUCUAUGAACUUGUACACUACAUACAUCGUCAUGGGCCAGUGGGCAAUGGGAAACUGGGCGUGCGACCUCUGGCUAGCCAUAGACUAUGUAGCCAGCAAUGCAUCCGUCAUGAAUCUGCUGGUCAUUAGUUUUGACCGCUAUUUCUCCAUUACAAGGCCUCUGACGUACCGCGCCAAACGUACCACCAGGCGGGCAGGAGUGAUGAUCGGCCUGGCAUGGUUUGUGUCGCUCAUACUUUGGGCGCCUGCCAUUUUAUUUUGGCAGUAUUUUGUUGGAGAAAGGACCGUUCCACCGGAUAAAUGCUACAUUCAGUUUCUCUCCGAGCCCAUUAUUACAUUUUGCACCGCAAUGGCGGCUUUCUACCUGCCGGUGACAAUAAUGAGUGUCCUGUACUGGCGAAUUUACAAAGAGACAGAGAACCGUUCUCGGGAACUUGCAGGAUUACAAGGCUCGGGCGGACGGUUUGGAGGUGUCGAACGACCGCAUUUCCACCUCCACGCUACUGGGGGGAGCUCCAGAAGCUGCAGCAGCUUCGAACUGGGCCAGCCUGGCCACAUACAAAGCUCCUUUCGCGGACUUAGCGGGCGAUUCCACUGCUGGGGCUGGAAGUCGGGCUGCAGGGAUAAAGGUGGGCCGCACCGGGAGGCAGAUCAGAGCAGCAGUGACAGCUGGAACAACAAUGACACUGGACUUUCAGCCGACCACUCGGGCUCGUCUGACGACGAUGAGAGUGCGCCAUCCACCACACAGGCGAUCUUCUCCAUUGUUCUCAAUCUGCCUGGCAUGAGGGCAGCUGUAAGCUCCCAGGUUACUUCUUGUGAGGAUUUGGACAUGGAAGAUCCGUUACGGUCGCCUGAAGAGAAGGAGGGCAGGGAUGGCAGCAUCUCCUGCUCCGUCACCAAUGGGAACAAGCGUUUAGUUGGAGGCAUGGGUAAAGUUCAGUCAAUGUCCUCCAUACGGCCUUCGAUGGACCCAAACGCAGAUGGUGGUGCAACACCACCAUCAACUCCCUCAGCGCCGAUUACUUUCAAAGAGGCAGCUCUAGCAAAGCGUUUCGCAGCUCGUGCAAGGACGCAAAUCACCAAGCGGAAGCGCAUGUCGCUAAUAAAAGAAAAGAAAGCGGCGCAAACUUUAAGCGCCAUCCUUUUCGCUUUCAUUAUAACGUGGACGCCUUAUAACAUCAUGGUGCUAGUAAACACUUUCUGCAAUGGCUGCAUUCCUGAGAACCUCUGGGCGCUAGGCUAUUGGCUAUGCUAUGUUAACAGUACAGUGAAUCCUAUGUGCUAUGCCCUUUGCAACAAGACUUUUCGUAGCACUUUCAAGAUGAUCCUGUUGUGUCGCUGGGAUCAGAAAAAAAGCAAGCCAAGCUUUCCACAAAGACAGGCUGUGAGGUUUCACAGAAGCAUACCAACAGACUCCACAUAGCAGCUAGGUGGUGAGGCUAAAUUGCUAAUACUAAAAUGUAAGCUGCAAGGGGUGAUUUCUCCAAGUAUCUGUACUAUAUACUGAAGCUUUAAUGUGUGAGUGUCAAUGUGGAUGUGAAGUUCAGUCUCUUAAGAUCCCGGGUCACUAGAUUUUAACAUUAUAAGACACUGUGGUUUAGUGUACAAAGAGAUUCACAACUGAGCAAGUGCAAUUGCCAUAAAUACUUCCUGUGGACUUUUAUAUAGUAUGCCUUUUAAUCGGUGGUGCCAACUUUCAGGAGUUCAGCAGCAACAUUAAAGUAAAUUUAAAAUGGGGACUGUAUAUCUUGAACCUCAGAGAGCUGAUCGGAUGUGAUACUCUCAAUUAUUUGUUUAAAUAUUUUAGGGUUGAAUAUUAGAUAUCUCAUUCUUGUCAAUGAACAGAAACUAAAAUGUGAUUUUUAAAUAAGGUGAUGUAUAUCAAAGUAUUUACGGUGAAUAAUAAUAAGAUAUUUUGUUUUGUAAGUGAAAUUUUCUGAUUUCUGUGAAAGCGUCCCACACAGAGGUUCAGUAUCUUUGCUGUUUUGGUAAGUGUUAGUGUUCUUCUGCAACAUGUGAGCCACAGUUGAACACUUUGUAGGUUUUUCUCUCCUGUUGAGAUUUUUUUGGUUAUUCAUAAACAGCACUUCCAUAAGCUGCUCUUGUAUAAAGCGUGGUUGUUUACAUUUGUUUUGCUACAAGUAUUUCAAUAGCUAUUAUAUACGUGUUCAGUGCACAUUGAAUAUGUUUGUAUAUGUUUGGAAUGCCUUAUGUUUGAACUUUUACGAUUGUGCACUGAUUAUACUGGGCUAGCUGUGAAAUCAAUUAUGAAACCUAAAGAAUGUUUUUAUCAUCAUUCAGAUUUUGACAUCAGUGUGCUGGGAUGUAAUUCCAUUUACAACCAAAAUGUUUGCUUUAUCCUUAUUUUGGAGGGCCAGGUUUUAACAUAGCAAGCCAAAUUGGUUAUCUAAAGUAGCGGCAUAUUUCUAUAAUAAAAAGCACACCUAAUUUAGACCUAUCAAUCAAAUAUGCAUGUUUCUUCAAUUAAGGGCUCUGUUGGCCCUGUGAAGAUAAU